AUGAGAGCCGGGAGCAGAGGCCGUCUGAUUGCAAUCCCGUCCUUCUUCGGCAUAAUGUGCCAACUGUGCAUCUUUGGCGUAGGGAUGCCCAUAUACCUCAUACUACACCUUUUCACCUCGCCGGCAAGCUUUAAUCCAAACAGAGAAAACACAGAUUUCCCUUUUUUCAGAGUGAAUACUUUUCUAUGGAGCAUAUCUAAUGGUUACAUACUACCCACCAUCCUUAUAGCCUUUCCCAAUAUGUCAAAAGGGCUGCUGCCUUCAAAACAGCACGCGAUUGCCUUUUGGCAACCCUGGCCCAUAUAUAUAUCCUUAAUUCAAUAUGUGCUAAGCAAAUUCUCUAUCAUCUGCUCCUGUUUUGGCCCUCAGAGCAACAGCAUCACGUCCCGGCAAACAAAAACUCGAAAUGGUUUACGCCGGAUAUAUGCUUUCGCAUUCUCUUGCGCGGCUAUUCCCCACCUUGCCUCCUGGACUAUAUCGUUGGCUGCCUGGGUUUUCCCAACACUCUUUAGUCCAAACACUGCAUCUACACUAGCCCCACGUAAUGUAUUUGUGAAUCAAUUUCCCUGGUCGUCCGCCCGUCCUGAAUCGUUAGGAGUAGGAACAUUAUGGUUUUUACAGUGGGAUCACUUGAUAGGGGCUAUAGUAGCGCUGGUUUGGACUGCGAUACUCUAUGCUGCUGCCCAUAUUGAAUGUCGAAUUCCGAUCAGCGGCUUUAAGUUAAUGCUGAAAGUGGCCGCCUUCUGCGUUGUGGCUGGGUUUGCUGGAGCCGCAGUGGAAUUGAUGUGGGAGAGAGACGAGCUAUUACUCGAUUUGCAGGAUGCCAAAAGGGACAAAACCUUUAAAAGCCAAUAG